UUUAAGUUUGUAUCGCGGCUCGCACAAUUGUGGCUCGCACGGUUCUGACCUGACAACCGUGGCUCUGAAACAUCGUGAAGACAAGUUCUAGUAGUUACGGUUCGAAGUGCCUAACGGUCAGGCUGCGUAAUCCCACUGUGGCACCGACGCACCUGCGUACCCUGCGUGAAACAUGUUCUCGGUCGCCCAUUUUAUGAAGACUGAUGACGUGGCCGUGGUUCCAACACGCUGGAUUAAGAACGGGACAGCUCCCUGGCCACCGUUUAAAAAUACUGCAAAAGUGAACAGUGCAGUGAGGGACAGAACGGAGCCAGGCAAAGACUGGCCAAAAUUUGCCUGCAGGGUCAUGUCAUAUACAGACAGUUACGAAGUUGCCCGCAAGAGGUCCAUAAAGGCGGAGGAAGAGUCCGACCUUACAUCGGAAGCAGAGACAUCGCAAAAAAGAAUACGGCGACCUCCGACAUUUUUCGAUGACUACCUCACUGACAGCAGCGAUGAGGAGGGAGUAACUGAAGAACCACCUCCAGAAGGUGACAUUGAAUUUCUCGCUGAGCCCCCACCGCCACCACCUCUUCAAAGAAAAAGUGGAGCACAUUGUGGAGGAGCAGGCCAAACUGAUGGUGAUGACUUGGUGUUGCCCAAAGGAAGACCAAAAAGUGCAUCUUCUUUGAACUGCUCUGCUGAACCUUCACGCAAUGCUUUGGUCACAGUUCUUAGGGAACUUGAGUGUAUUAAGGCACAGUUGACAAGCAUGGCUACAAUGUUGGCCAGAAUACAGAUGCAUGUGAAUGCUGAUGACCCUACUGCCAUGGCUGGUCCAGUCCAUCCAGAAGACCUUCCAGUCUAUCCAGUGAAGACAAGAGAGGAAUUUGCCUUCCUGGAGGCUAGCUUAAAAAAUGAAGCCAUUUUUGCAAAGCUAGUGAAAGAGCUUGGCCAAAUUGGAGGUAGAGAUGUAGCCUCUACAACAAAAACGGUGUUUAAGAAACUUGUCGGAGAUGAAGUUGCCGUCUUCUACAACAGAACCGGGCGAAACGGAAAGCAAGAAGCCGGGAAACUGAAGAUCUUUAGCCUGAUCUAUGCUGCUGUACGUGUAACCCGCAAAACUGCAACAGACGACGAGAUGGGCCGCGCCAUUGGUGAUUGGCUGCGCUUCGCCAACGUCCGGCUCCGUGCUCAAGGUUCAUUUGGCCCCAUCGACAAGCGCUGCACCAACAAGCUCAGCUCCGGGUCGUCACAAGGUGUAUUUUGUCGCGUGUUUCAAUGUUGGUUUGCUUGAGCAGGAGGACUGACAACUACUAGCCAGAAAAGUCGAAAACAUCCCAUCGACAGAAACUGUGGUUUGACUUGGGAAGAUGAAAAUCAGUUUGUUUCAAUUUUUUUUUUUUU